CAAAUCUUGUGCAUUGGCGCGUCGUGCAGCUUACCUCUGAAGUCGAGCCCCCUGCAGGUGGAUCGGCAAGCGUCCCUAUGCUGCGCUUCCCGGAAGAAAUCAUUGUCGAAGACAUGGAGGCCUGCCGUCUGCUUGACACGUGUGAGAGUCACAAAACACCAUCGGACGUCGCGCACCAUCCUAAGAAGCUGGGGUGGCUGCAGAAGAUGCGCGAGGAGCGGCUGUCGAUGCGAGCUGUGGCGCGCGAGGCUGGUGUGGAGCCAGUCAGCAUCCGGCACUGGAGGCAGGCGGAGGCGGACAUGGAGUGCGUUGUUGGCUCUCGACGUCGCCUCACUGGUGCUGGUGUGGAGUCGGCAGUACAUGAAGUCCCACCACCUGGAGGGCGAUUGGCCGGAUUCAGCCAACUGGACGUUCAGGUUCCGUGCAAGGUGUGUCAAGGUCGAAGACCUUGCUCCUACUACAUUCCUAUCACAGGCACCUCACGGACGUGGUGCUGGGCUCCUUCAGGUGGCAUCGCAUCACGCCCGCGAUCAUCCCAGGCGGCUGCACGCCCUCCCUGUAGCCACUCGACGUGUUAGCAAUUGCUGCUUCAAGGCGGGCGUGCGGCGGCACUACAACGAGUGGUUUGCGGCAAGGGGAUCGACACACCCUGUCAGCAACUUGAGGAAGCCGCCACCGGGGUUGGUGGUGCUAUGGGUUGUUCACUCCUAGGACGAUGUACCAGAGGAUGUGAUCGUCCAUGCCUUCAAAACCUGCCGGAUCAGCAACAACCCUGAUGGGAUCGAGGACCACCUGGUUCUCGCUCGUUGUGCACGACGACGUGCACUCCGCCCCAGAAGUCGAGGAGUGGAUUAAUCCACUCUACAUGGCGGGAGAGGAGGUCACGGAGGAGGGGGAUGAGGAGGCUGAGAUGGAGGGAAAGGAGGCAGAUAGGGAGGUAGAGGAGGAGGAGGAGUAUGAGGCAGUGGCGGCAGCAGCAGCAACGGCAGCAAUGGUGGACAAAGAUGCCUCCUCUGCGGAGGCGGCAAGCUUUGGCGACAAGGGAGACAGCUUCUCUGCCUCAUUUGAGAGCUGCAGGAACCUGUCUGUAGUAGCCCUUGAGAGCGGCAUAAUAAUAAUAAUAAUAAUAGUAAUAAUAAUAAUAAUAAUAAUAAUGACAACAACAACAACAAUAAUAAUUAUUAUUAUAAUAAUAAUAAUUAUUAUUAUUAUCCUUUCUCCACUCAAUAUUUAAUACAAAACACGCACUAACUUGGGGGAGGG